GCUAGGACUUAACAGUGGGAUAUUGCUUUCCAGUCUCGUUGAUCACUGCCUUCGAUUCAACUUCCUCUUGUCUAUCCUUGUCUCUUCUCCGCUAUAGCCCCUCAUGGCAGAGGCCUUCCCAAGUGCCCUAGUUGGGCCUUCUUCAAAAGAAAGAAAGUAUGAUCGUCAGCUACGCCUGUGGGCCGCAAGUGGCCAGCAAGCUUUAGAAGAGUCCCGGGUGCUUUUGGUAAACUCCGAUGGGCCUUGGAGCAAGCAGAAUACGGGAGUAUCCGGUGUAGUUGGCGUGGAAACGCUCAAGAACCUUGUACUACCCGGUAUCGGCGGUUUCACUAUCGUGGACCCUGCACUUGUUACCGAGCCGGACCUCGGGGUGAACUUUUUCUUGGAAGAGGAGAGCUUGGGCAAGUCCAGAGCCGAGGAGACCUGUCGAUUGCUGAGAGAACUAAAUCCAGACGUAGAGGGGAGCUUCUAUACCAAGCCGAUCGCAGAGCUCCUGCAAGACCCAGAGUUCCUCCCGCAGCAUAAGCUGGUACUGAUAUCUGGGCCUGUGAAACGAUCUUCUUUGGAGGCCGUCCGCAAGGCCGCCAAAGAGUUUGACAUCCCAGUAUUGUACACACGCUCAGUGGGAUUCUAUUCUAUCUUUUCUCUCCAGCUUCCUGCUGCAUUUCCCAUAGUAGAGACACAUCCGGAUCCUGAGAGCACGCAGGACCUUCGUCUCCUUAACCCCUGGCCUGAAUUGGCAGCAGUUGGUGCUAGCAUCAGCAACUUGGACAGUCUGGAUGACCACCAACAUGGUCACGUUCCGUACGUUUUGCUUCUACUACACUAUCUGGAGUUAUGGAAGAAAGCACACGAUGGCCAGGCUCCGUCAAACUACAAGGAGAAGUCGGAAUUCAGGGAAAUGGUCCGGUCUAGUGCAAGAGCAAGCAAUCCGGAUGGCGGCGAAGAAAAUUAUGAUGAGGCUGUUGCAGCAGUCUUGAAGUCAUUAAACCCAUUUACUUUACGCAGUUCCAUUCGUGAAAUCUUCGAGAUGGAGGAGUGCAGGCGCCCGAACUCAGAGUCCGCCGAUUUCUGGGUCAUUGCAGCGGCCGUCCGUGAAUUCUAUCAGAGACACAGUGUACUGCCUCUACCUGGCUCCUUGCCUGACAUGAAAGCUCAGUCGUCCGACUAUGUUUCUCUUCAAAACAUCUACAAAUCGAAGGCUAGGAAGGAUAUAGAAGAAGUCACUGAGAUUGUCCGAGGCAUUGAAGUACAGAUUGCACCACGCUCGAUACAAGUUUCGGACAAGGAUAUUGAGGUUUUCUGCAAGAACGCGGCCCACAUCAAGGUCGUGCACGGCCGUGAUAUCCCCUUAGUGGAUGGAGACGCAUUUACUCUGAAGGCCAUACGGAACAACUUGAGCAUUCCCGACUCCCUCGUUCCAAUCUUCCUUGCCUUCCAGAUCCUGGAUGACAUUGUAACCGACAUCCAAGGUGGAAAGAGAUCAGAAGAGGCCUUAGACGACGAGACGGUGUGGGAGUCUGCAACCAAGAACAUCGUUGAUGCGCUCAAAUCAGAAGAUCCGUCGGUCAUCGAGGAGGAGGAUGCAAGGGAACGAAUCCUACAAGCCACCCGAGAGCUUCGAAGGACGCAAGGCGGAGAGCUGCACAAUAUUUCUUCGCUCACCGGAGGACUAGUCGCACAGGAGGCGCUCAAAGUAAUUACCAGGCAGUACGUGCCUUUGGAUAACACUUGCAUCUUUGAUGGGGCCCACAGCCGCAGCGAAAUGUAUAAGCUGUGACGAACAUGGUGGCAACUCUUGAGACCUGCGAUAGCCCCCACCAAGAGUCAUUAUGGCGUGAAAACACAAAGUUCAGCAAACCGUUUUACAGUCUAUGAGUUGUAUUUCCAUUCGACUGUUAACCCCAACAUCAGAAUACCUAGCCUGACGGUAAUAUGCCCGAGUUUUGUUGAAUAAUGCUGAUCCUGUGUCAUCCAUAGCUCCACGCUUGGCUCGGGACCCGCGGGC